AUGGCAUCCAAAGAAUCCGAAGUGGGCUCCAACGAGCAUCCUACCUACCAUCAGGCCGAUGGCACCAAUGGGCACGAGCUCGGGCGUCAGAUUUCGGUCACCCUGACGCCUCAACAGUUCGAAGAGCUCUACCUCCAGCCCUCCAUCAAGUCUCGCGGUCAAGCCGGGCUCGUCAAGACCUUUGCCAACCCCACCGCGCUCGGAAUCGUCUCGUUCCUCCUCACGCUGUCCCCCACCACGGCCUGUCUGAUGGGUUGGCGGGGUGCCUCCUCCAACUCGCUCCUCGCCCUCGUCGGCGUGUACUACUUCCAUGGCGGUAUGGCGUUGUAUGUUGCGGGCAUGCUCGAGUUUGUCAUUGGCAACACGUUCCCUGCGCUCGUCUUCUCGUCUUUCGGAACGUUCUGGCUCUCGCUCGCUGGCUUCUUGGACCCUCGUUUUGCCGUCCAAUCCACCCUGCUCACGGGCAACGGCGGCAGUCCGGCUGUGUACUACCUCCCCUUCGGCUACUAUCUGCUCUUCUGGGCCGUCUACACAUACUUCCUCACCAUCGCCGCGCUCAGGACCAACGUGGUGCUCGUCUGGAUCUUGCUCUUUGUCGCCCUCACCUUCUCCACCCUCGGAGCAGCGUAUCUCAAGUUCGGUCAGGAAGCCGCCACUGCCGGCGCCAAUCUGAUUGUGGCUGCCGGGGCACUGGGUUUCGCAGCUUGCAUGGGUGGCUUCUACAUCCUCCUACACCUCUGCCUCGCCGCGACCGACUUCCCCUUCAACAUCCCCCUCUUUGACCUGGGACACUUGUGGCCCAACAAGCAGCAGUAA